AUGAACUUUUCAGCCCACCCAUGUAUCUGCUCUAUUUUUCUUAUAUCAUUCUCUCUCUUGCUCUCUCUCUCUCUCUCUCUCUCAUCUUUCUUAUUCUCUCUAUGUUUCUUUCUCUCUAUUUAUCCAGUUCCAUCUUGGCCUUUUUCACUUGUCUUUGUUGCCUCUUUUACUGACUUUCUCUAUUAUUGCAUUAUGUCUUUCCUUAUCUCUCUUUAUUUUAUCUCUAUUUUCUCUGUAAUACCAUUUUCUCUUUCUCUCUUGUUCUCAUGGACUAUUUCUUUAUAUUCUUCUACAUUUUUUUCUUUUAACGUAUUACUUGUUUUCCUACCAACAUUUUUCUUUUACAUUCUCUUUUUCUCUUACCUCUUUUCUCACUCUCUUUUUUCUCUAGCCACUUUUUGUCUAACCUUCACUUUUUCUCCUACUUUCAUUUCUCUCUUUUUCGCUCUUAACUUCACUUUUUCUCUUUUUCUCUCUUUCUUUUUCCUCUUACCUUCACAUUUUUCUCCUGCUUUCUAUUCUUUCUUUCUUUUCUCUCUUACCUUCACGUUUUCUCUUAUUUUCUUUUCUCUCUGUCUUUUCCCACUUAACUUCACAUUUUUCUCCUACUUUCUAUUCUCUCUUUCUUUUCUCUCUUGCCUUCACAUUUUCCCUUACUUUCUUUUCUCUCUUUCCUUUUCCUCUUACCUUCACUUUUUACUCUCCCCUUUUCUUUUUUACCCUCUCUUUCAUUCUCUUUUUCUUUUUUUCUAUUUCUACCUACUUUUUCUUUUGCCAUCUCUUCAUCACUUAUUUUCUCUUUCAUUCUUUAUUCUCUUUGAUUCCCUUCCAUUGCCUUUUGGCUUUCAGUCUGUAUUAUCAAUUCUAUGUUUCACUUAUUAG